GAUGCCCUCCCAUUCCAGCCAGUUGCAACUCGCGCUCGGGCGAGAAAGGAGGCCAGGCCCGAGCGCCGUCCGUUUCGAUCGCGCGAGUGACUUUGUCCGGCUCGGCCCGGCCCGGCCAGCACCGACCAGGGCCCGCCGCGGGUCCCCGCGAGUGCGUGUGAUUGGAUUACCCUCUGCUGUUCCACGACUCAGCCUCGCCGACAUUGGAUUAUUCGCUCUUGGAUACUGAUUGUGAAACGCGUGUGUGGUGGUGAUAGUGUCAAUUGCGCUCCGUGUGUCUGUGUGUGUGUGUGAAAGAGUUUGAGUGACAACACCAGGGAACAGGGUUUGCGCAGCCCUAUCAGUGAAACUAGUGGUUGUCUUUGAACGGGCGGCUCGCCACAUGAGCAGCCCCCGGCAGUGGCCGGCAGCCCACAACCCCCCCGGCGGCGAGCUCUGCCCGCUCCGCCCCGCGGUCAGCCUGGUCAGCCCCUCCGGCACGCCCUAGGCGCUGGGGGGCUCGGCUCGGGGCGGCCAUGCGGAGGCCGAGCGGUCGGCGCGCCCAGCAGCAGCAGCAGCGGGGGGCACCCGCCCCCGCCGCCCCCGCACCGCCGCCAUGACGUACGAGGCCCUUGUCCUGCUGCUAUGUGUCACCUGCCUCGCGGCCUACCCCACAGAUGCCCCCACCGCAGUCGGCGAGUCACAGGCCCCGGUGCCCGGCGGGGACCCGGAGUCGGUCCGGGGCCUCCCCGCGCCCAGCUCCACUCCGGGCCCGGGCCUGGGCUCCGGCCUGGGCCCGGGUCGACCCACGCCUAGGAUCGACAGCCGCGCCGACAACCGCGCCCGGAGGGUGCGGAAGCUCAGGAAGACGACGACGCCGGGCGACGUGCUGGAGGGCGCCGAGUCCGGGGCCGUGGUCUUGGGGAGGUCAACCCCCAACGGAGACGCUGCCGCCGGCUCCUCGACCCCACCCACCUCGACGAACUUGACCACGACAAGGACCGAUUCUACUCAGACCAACAGCACUACGAAUACAACCACAACGUCUACCAGCGCGCCCACCGCUCCUACUGAGUUGACAACAGCCUCGCCCAAUCCAACCACACUCCGGGCUAGGGUGUCAUCGACCAUUGCCACCCCAGAGCCGACGACACCGGCCUCCUCCAGCUCGGACAGCUCUACUAGUACCACGCCAGCUACAACGGCGGUUACCUCGGCGACAACUGCGUCCACCGUACCUUACCGAGGGCGUGGCAAAUUCCGUUUGACGACGACAUCUACGGAGGUGCCAGAUGUCCCUGAAGUAGAGCACGACGCGUCGGGCGCCGUCGUCAUGACCGACUCUUUGUACAACCACUUCCGGCCGCUUCAGCGAGAGGUUCCCGAUGGCGACCACCUAACGCCAUUUCUCGAGUUCGGCCGCAAGAUCGCUUCGGACCCUACGCGUUCUCCCGUGGCUUCGGGGUCUCCAGGCACCAACCUCAUCGUCGAGUCAACGACCUGGGGUCGUUCUGUGCUGCGAAGGGUGACAGCGCCGGCCUCGAGCGCCGCACCCGCGGAAAAGAAGAGCGAGGAGGAGAACAACGAUGAGAUGGAUGUGGGGUUCGAUAGGCAGGUCGUGGAGAAGAACAAAGUGGCAACUCGACGCAGGGACUCGCCGAGGACAAUGGAGAACCUCGUGAUCCUCGGCGGAGGCUCCACGCCCACCACGGUGAAGAAGGCGGCGCGUCGGAAGUUUGUGGUGACGAGAAAGGUGCUCUUAGGGAACGGGACGGACCCCGGCUCGACAGUGGUGAACGUGACCCUUCUGGAGCCCGUCGAGACGGCCGCGUGGGCGGUCUCUCCGCUGGUGCCAGUCACUACCCCGGGCCCGCGGCGCUCGCUCGAGAUCAGUUCCUCGAAGGAGGCCAUGUUGCACAAAGUUCUGACGGUGAAUCGGACGCAGCCCCGAGUGCUUCCUCGAACGCCACAGCUGGACGUGCAUCGGAUCGUGCAAGAACUGCACGGGGCGGACGAGGAGCCCGCGCAGCAGAGCAGCACGCGGCAGGACACCGUGCAAGCCGCCGUGCCGGAGCACGUGCACGACAAGUCGCUGGCAGAGGAGCUCGAGGCCGAGCCCGUCGUGGCUCAGGCAGAGCCCUCCGUCCGGGCCAACGACACCUACGUGGUGCGCCGCUUCGAAGACCCCUCCGUCGUGCCGUCUCCUAGCGGGUUCAUCAAACCGCCAAAGUCACAGAUCCCAUACUCUUUCAUCGUGGGCGCGCGCUCGACCAACAUGGACGACGUGGACGUGAUGGAGCCCCUGGUGGGCCCUCGCCUCGCCCACCUCGCCUACCAGACGCCCGAGCAGGGGCCCACAGGGGGCGGCGUGGUGCGUGAGGACGGCGAGGGGCUGUCCCAGCCUGUAGUCCCGCGGGCCCCGGAAGUUGUGGAGGCUGUCGUCACUUCCGUGUCCGUCAAACAGCCGUCUGGGACGGUGGUGACCCCAGAGCCGGUGGUGGCCGAAGAGCAGGUCUCUCUCGCGUCGCCAGUCUCCACCGAGAACCUGCAGGACGUUAUCAAGAUCUUUUUCAACAACACUGCUCCGCCGACACCACCCCCACCAAUGACUGAGGGGCCACCGCCUGCCCCUGGUCUGCCGCUUUCGUUUGAGGUCGUGCGGAACACGAGCGAGGUGAGCGUGGUGCUACCCUCGUCGCCCAGCCCCGCGCCCCCCAGCUCAUCCAGCACGUCGCAGCCUACCAGCACCCUCACUCCCACCCCUAACCCCGCAACCGCCACCUCCACCUCCUCGACAGUCCCGCCAUCGCCUCGUCCACUGCGAUACAGAUCUACGACUACCUCAACAACCAUCGCACCCGUUCGGUUCCGCUCUACCACCAGCCCGACGACAACUGCGCCUGCUGUGUCGCCUACAACGUCGCCCUUCACGACCCCAAGCACAACCACGACGACCUCCAUGCCGCCGCCACCACCACCUACUUCACCCGAGCCGGAGGUGCGGACUCCAUUCCUUAUCAAGGUCCUCGCGCCCGAGAGCCCCCCGGAAGCCAAGCCCCGCGCCAUCUGGAGGGACACGACCACAACGUCCACCACUCUAGCGCCCACCGACCCUUCUCCGGCCCAAACAAGCAGCACGACGCCUUCCACCACAACUUCAUCUACCACCACAACCACCCCCAAGCCGCCGCCGCCGACAACAACCACUACUACGACCACAACUACUCAGAGGCCAUCCACAAGCAGUAGUACUACAACUACGACCUCUACAACCACCACAACCUCUACAACUACUACAACAACCUCAACGACUACCACUCCUCCCCCGCCGCCUUCCACGUCUGAAGCAGCAGAGGUUGAAGAGGAGGUAGUGGUUCCGGUUGCGGCGCCCACAGUAGAGGCAGCUGCUCCAUCCCCGACGCUGGCAGCCGAGGCGGCAGCUCCUUCCCCGUCGGCGCCGCGCUCGAACCCACCGGUGCCUAUCUCUGCCGAGAGCAUCCGGCAGCGGUCGUACAAGCAGCGGCCUAUACCCGUGCCCAAAGAGGUGUUCAAGACCAUGACCACGGUGGGCCCCUCAGCGUCUCCGUCGGCCGACGCCGAUGACGAGACCACAGUCCUGCCCUCUACCAGCUCGCCGAGUACCUCGACGACGACCCCCACUCCCACACCCCGGACCGUGUUCCAGCAGCCACGGCCCAACAUCACCCCCGUGCGCAAGGAGCAGCUGGGCCGCGGUGGCGGAGGCCGCGGUCGCGAGCGCGACGGGCCGCAGGGCUCUCAGGACCCGGACCUUCUCGGAGCCAAGGGCCGCGGCCGCGCCGUGUCCAAGCAAGACUUCGCGCUGAUGGAGGGCCAGGACCGCCAGGACGCCAAGAGGGUGCCCACCGAGCGGGAGCUUGGUGUCGUGCCCCCGGGCGUGGGCGUCCUGACCUACGUCCUGCUCGCCCUUGGCGUCGUGCCGCUCGCCCUGGCCGGCGUGUGCACCGCCCGGUACUUCAUCAACCGCAGGAAGAAGGUGCUCGACGAGUCCGACUCCUCCUCCGAGCUGAGCUGCCACCGGCGCACGCGGAUCGCCCGGCCCGAUGUGUCGCCGACGGCCAAGCUGCCCCGGCCGCUGCCGCACUUGCCGCUGCCCCACCUGCCGACGCCGCCCACGCCGCCCAAGGCCUGGGAGGACGGCGACCUGGAGCGGGAGCAGCGGGAGCAGCGCGAACAGCGGGACCGCGACCGGGAGCGGGAGCGCGAGUGGGACCGAGACCGGGUGCUCCAGAUGCCCGCGCCCACGCGCUGGGAGUUCCCCCGCGACAAGCUGCGCCUGCAGACCCUGCUGGGGCAGGGCAACUUCGGACAGGUGUGGAAGGCCGAGGCGGACGACAUCAGCGGGCACCGCGGGCUCACGCGGCUCGUGGCCGUCAAGACGGUGAAGGAGGGCGCCACGGUGCGCGAGAGGGAGGACCUGCUGCGCGAGCUGGGCAUCAUGCAGCAGCUGGGCGCGCACCCCAACGUCGUGACGCUGCUGGGGUGCUGCACGGAGAAGGAGCCGUUCCUGCUCGUCAUGGAGUACGUGAUGUACGGCAAGCUGCUCGCCUUCCUGCGGGACCACCGCACGCGCCAGGACUACUACAACUUCUCGGAGGACUCGGACGCGCUCACCUCCCGGGACCUGACGGUGUUCGCCUUCUGUGUCGCGCGCGGUAUGGAGUACCUCGCCUCGAAAGGGGUCAUUCAUCGGGACUUGGCGGCGCGGAACGUCCUGGUGGAUCACAACAAGCUCUGCAAGAUCGCCGACUUCGGCAUGUCUAGGAGCGUGAGAGACUCCGGCUGCGGCCAAGUCUACGAGCAGCGGGAGACCAAGGGAGCCUUACCGAUUCGGUGGAUGGCCCCCGAGUCUCUCAUCUACAGCGUCUUUACCCACAAGAGCGACGUGUGGAGCUUCGGCAUCCUCAUGUGGGAGAUCGUGACUCUUGGUUCAACGCCGUACCCGACCAUGGGCGCGCGCGAGGUGCUGCGGCGUGUUCGCGACGGCUACCGCCUGGAGCGGCCAGCGCACUGCCGCCCGGAGCUCUUCCGGAUCGUGCUGCGCUGCUGGCACGCCGACUCAGCGAAGAGGCCCGACUUUGCCGAACUUCGCCGUGCCCUGGCCGACUUGCUGGAGGACGGCGUGCGGGCGGGCUCGUACGUCGACCUGGAGGGCUUCGCCAUGGACUCCAACAAGACCGGCGGCAGUGGGGGUGGCGCGGCUGGUGGAGGGGGGGUGGGGGUGGCUCUAGCCCCCCUGUGCUACUCAACCCGCUAGGGAACGCGCUCAGGGACGAGGCCAACGUAUGACGAGACGAGAGGCUUGAGUCAUCCAUGGGGUAGAGUAUAUCUACCAUAUUCAAUAAGGUCAAAGGCACAAAAAUUAUGUUAUAUUUAGGGGAUUGACGUGAUUUUGUUAUAACUCAAACAGUUUUUCUAAUUGAUUUGUAGUGAAAAUUAAAUAUUGAAACCAUGACAAUGAUGUCAUUAUUUAAGAUUAUUCUAAUCGUGACUUUGGCCGUAUUGGACUGUAUGUAUUUUAAUGGAUGAGUGUACAGGUGUGAAGAAUGAAUGGAACAACCCAAGACCAAAGAAAACUUCUUAAAUUUGUGUAGGAUGUGCGCUUUGUUCACCAUCACCAUCAAAGUAAUAUGCAGACUAAAAGUCGGCUUGUAAUUUGUAUGUAUAUAUGUGUAGUAAAUACAACAUGAUUUGUGUCAUUAUGUAAUAUAAACAUGUCUCCUAAGUAUGUGCUAUUGUUGAUGUUCAUAAAUUGUGUACACUUAUAUAUUUUGAUAUUGAACAUGGUUGUUACUUUUGUACAGAGAUUUGAUUUGUGAAUAAUUUGUUUUGUAAAUAUGAAUGUUAUGUUACAAAUAAUUUUGCAUGCCAAAAGUGAGGUGAAUUUAUUGAGACUGAACUGAUUUGACUCGACUAUUUAUAGCACUGUUGCGUCAUGGAUUCAUAAAAAAAUUAUUUUACUCAGCCAUGAAUCUAAUCAACCAUUUCAUAAACCUUUCUGUUUAUGUGCUACUGAGAAACUGUUGGCUUUCUGUAAUUUCUAUUUGUAUAGUGAUGCACUGAUAUUUGAAGAGAUGAAUUCCAAUUGGUUAAAAAAUGUCAGUUUUGAUUGUUAAAUAAUAUUGAAAAUGUUAUAGAAAGUGAUUCCAAAUGCAGUUUAAAGUUGCGUGGCGAUAAUUCUGAAGAAAAUGUGUCUGAUGCAGUAAGGGUGUUUGUAUUAUUUUGAUACAAAUAAAUUUCUAAACACUCAUGUUGA